AUGUCAGGAACCAAAGCCACGUUGAAAGCUAUAAAUGCUGCCGUCAAAUCUCAAAAUUAUGAUGAAGCUAUUCAACAAGCCCGGAAUCUUCUCAAUUCCGAUCCAAAGAGCUACCAGGCGAAUAUCUUCCUAGGAUUUGCCUGUAGUAAACAAUCGAAUUACCCAGAAGCAGAAGGAGCUUACGAUGCCGCAACCAAAAUCAAAGAAGGAGAGCCACAAGCAUGGCAAGGUCUUAUUCAGGUAUACGAGAAGCAAGGUGGUUCCAGAGUUGGACAAUACCAGAUUGCAGCUUUACAAUUAGCUCAAAUCUAUCAAGCACAGGACGACAAAUACAAGUGUCAAGAUGUCAUUGACAAGUUUCUUGCCUUCACCAAAAAUCAAGGAACACGCCUGCAACAUAGAAAUUCUAUGGAGAUUAUUCUACCUAAUAGCCCAAUAUAUGAAUAUUUGGAAGGCCGCGUUCCUCAUCCUUCCCAUACCUAUCAAAUCAUAGCUCAGAUCACCGAAUUCGAAGAAAAAGAGCGCAUUAACAAGGAAAUCGGAGAACGAAGAACCAGAUUAGGUGCCAAAAUUAGUCAAGUGACAGUCGAAGUCAAACGAGAGGUCUUGAAAGAUAGUAAUUUAGAGGACGUCUACAACAAGAUAAUAGACUGGACAACCGAUGAUGAGAUUCGUCGGCAAUACGAAGAGAAACUUGUGCAAAGAUGUCUAGAGGUUUUGAUUAUUCUUCCAGCGGGAGAUUUGAAGAGAGAAAAACGCUCAAAACUAUUCAAGCUGGCAACAGAGAUGGUCAUAAUCAAACAUCCGUACAGACUGGCCUGGGAUGUUGCUAUCGAGUGGCAAGACCCGGAAUAUGUACAAAGCUUGGAUGUCAACAUUCUGCGAGAAUACAUAGAUUUCUUCCCUACGAGUGGUCUUGCUCAGGUUCUACGAGGAUUCAUGACCAGUGAAAUUUCACCAUUUCCAGCUCCACCACGACCUCCAGCUCCUCCCGCAAAUAAGAAAAAUCAUGAUGAAAGUAGUUCAGAUGAUGACGACGGCGGAGGGGUAACAUUGGAUGACUUUUCGAUGCUUGCAGAAGAUCGCCUGCUGCUCAUGAUAGAGGGCAUGUCGGAAUCACCCACAUCAAUAUUGGCACAUCGUCUCAUGGGAGAGUACUAUGACUUCAUAGACGAGAGUGAAAGUGUGGUGGAACUUAUGCGAAACGCAAAACGGCUUGCAUUAGAAGAGUCCAAUAAAAUCGGCCUCAAGUUCAAAAAUGCAUCCCAAGCCUUUACUGCCUUGCUGGGUACUGCUCUCGUAUUUUUCCAGUCACCUAGGAAUCAUCCAGAAGCAAAAUCUCUAUUUGAUGAACUGCUCAAGGAAAAUCCGACCUCAACUCCUGCUCUAAUAGGAAUUGGCUUGAUUCAUGAGGAGGAGGAUGACUUCCCUGCCGCUAUUGACUUCCUUGGACGUGCUUUACAACGGGACCCUACGAACGUUCGCGUAAAAGCUGAAGCCGCGUGGGUCAAGGCUCUCAAUGGCGAUUAUCUUCGUGGACAUGAAGAGCUGGAAGAGUGCUUACCUCUAAUUGAAGCCAAAGAUCUAAAAUCUCGAGACUUAUUGGCUCAAACGCAAUAUCGUGUGGGUAUCUGCCUAUGGAAUAUAGAUACAUCGAAAUCUGCACGCAAGGACAGGAAUGGUGCCUACUCAUAUUUCCUAGCAUCACUAAAAAGUAACCUUAAUUUCGCUCCAGCAUAUACUAGUCUAGGUAUUUUUUACGCAGACUAUUUGAUGGACAAAAAAAGAUCUCGAAAGUGUUUCCAGAAAGCCUUUGAACUUUCAACCUCGGAAGUAGAAGCUGCCGAACGCCUGGCUAGGAUAUUCGCGGGCCAGGGCGAAUGGGAGUUGGUCGAAUCAGUUGCUCAACGUGUUGUUAAUUCAGGAAAAGUCAAACCAACACCUGGCUCGAAGAAGAAGGGCAUCAGUUGGCCAUUUGCUGCUCUUGGAACUGCUGAGCUGAAUAAACAAGACUACUCGAAGAGCCUUGUUUCUUUCCAGUCCGCACUGCGCAUCACACCUUCUGAUUAUCAUUCCUGGGUUGGUCUCGGCGAAAGCUAUCAUAAUUCUGGACGUUACAUUGCAGCAACAAAAGCUUUCCAUCACGCCGAACAAUUUGAGAGUGAGAUUGAACAAAGACAGGAUGGUGAGACUUGGUUCGCGAAGCAUAUGCUCGCAAAUGUGAAUCGCGAGCUGGGAAAUUUUGAUGACGCCAUCGAGAGCUAUAGAGCUGUACUUCAAGAUCGUCCCGCGGAAUUUGGGGUUUCCAUUGCUCUGAUCCAAACUUUAGUUGAUAGUGCUUGGGAUAGCAUCGAAAAGGGGCUUUUCGGACAAGCUGCCCAACGUGCAACAGAGGCUAUUGAAGUUGCUAGUCAAGUUUCAGAAAGCAAAGUUGAUGCUUUCAACCUCUGGCGAGCUGUAGGUGAUGCUUGUGCUGUUUAUUCUUGGGUUUGGAGUCGUGUCAAUGAGUUUCCUGAUGCAAACAUUAGAAAAUUACUCAAAGAGUGGGCCACUACUUAUGAUGUUUUUGCAGAUAUCGAUGGUGUAUCUGCGGAUAUCGUUUUUGCCAAGGGCUUAUACUCUAUCGAUGAACAGGUCGGAUUGGACCGAACUAGAUGUCUCCACGCAGCAAUUCUAGCCCACAAGAGAGCUAUUCACGCUUCAUCUCACGAUACACACGCCCAAGCAGUUGCUUACUACAAUCUUGGGUGGAUCGAGCAUCGUGCUCACGUUUGCCUAUCCCCUAGUCUAAAGAAGAAAUCCACCAGGUACCAAAAAGCCGCAGUGCGAUGUUUCAAAAGAGCUAUAGAACUAGAAGCAGGGAAUUCGGAGUUUUGGAACGCGUUGGGAAUUGUCACUAGCGAACUGAACCCAAAGGUUGCACAGCAUUCUUUUGUUCGAAGUCUUUACUUAAACGAGCGAAGUGCCCAGACAUGGAGUAAUUUAGGAACACUAUAUCUAUUACAGAAUGAUCAUCAGCUCGCCAAUGAGGCCUUUACAAGAGCUCAAUCAACUGAUCCAGAUUACUCGCAUGCUUGGAUUGGACAGGGAAUUCUUGCUCUUAUGAUGGGUGAUGUAAAGGAGGCCAACCUUCUCUUUACCCACGCUAUGGAAAUCUCUGGAUCGUCUUCUUUGAUCACUCAUCGACAAUAUUCCCAAUCUACUUUUGAUCAGAUCUUGGCGCGCAAGAAUAUCUCCAACGUAUCGGAUUUAGUGCAACCUUUGUUUACCCUAAAUCAAGUACAAGCGAUGGCUCCAGGUGAUCUAAUCUCGAAGCACCUUUCGUCACUUUUCUCCGAGCGUGCAAAUGAUAUUUCCACGACUGUAAUAACGUUGACCUCAAUCUGUGGAACAGCUGAAGCCGAUUAUGAAGUAACAGAAUCACCACAAUCACUAUCUCGAUUCGCUUUGGCCAAGGCAGAUCUCGCUCGAUCCCAGUUGGCUAAUCACGAGUAUGAAGAAGCUGUCGAAAGUGGAGACCUCGCCUUACAGCUCUGUGACGAAGAUAGCGGUAACGAGCUUUCCGCAGAAGCCCGUCAAAAAUGUAGAUUGUCGGCCCAUCUUACUGUUGGUCUAGCACAAUACUACUUGAAAAACUUAGACACAGCUCUCGAAUAUUUUGAGCCUGCUCUCAAAGAAUCCCAUGGCAAUCCUGAUGCAGUAUGUGUCCUCGCUCAAGUUUUGUGGGCUCAUGGUACCGAUCCUUCUCGUUCUAAAGCACAAGAUAUUCUCUUUGAGUGUGUGGAAUCUCAUCCCGAUCACGUCCAAUCCAUACUUCUUCUCAGCAUUAUAGCACUAUUCAACUCUGAUACCGAAAGUAUUGAUGCAGUAACCGCGGAACUACAAACUCUUCGUACGAGUCGAAGUAUCACUGAUGCAGAACAAGCACGUGUUGGUGAAGUUCUUCGUUCCAUCGCCGCAUUUGCAGAGGAAAAUUCGGAGCAAAAGAUACUGGCUGAGACACAAAAGGAUGUCUUUCUUCAUCCGGGAUCAACACACGGUUGGUCGAGGUUGUCGAACAUUGGUAGUGAUGAGAAGCCGGCUGAGAUGGCAGUAUUGACAGCCAAGAAAUCAGUACCUCCGCGUGGAAUGCUGAGUGCUGAUGAUUUGGCUGGCGCAUAUGCGGGAACUGGGAAGAUUGGUGAUGCACAGAGGGCUAUUAUGGUUGCACCCUGGAAGAAGCAUGCGUGGGAGGCUUUUAGUAAUGGUAUCUCUGCAUAG